CGUAGCUGAGAGCAGCUGCUGACCCAAACUCAGGCUUUAAGGUGAGCUGGUGUGUCAGCGUCACACUGCUUUGGACAGCAUGAAGGCUUUCUUAUUCACCUGUAUGCUGGUGCCGUGGCUGGUGGCAGCCUCGGCCGGGAGGUUUGACCAGGUCUCACAGGUGAUACCGGGAUCUCUACCUGGCAGGGAGCUGAACGGAUACUUCAGUGACCAUUCAAAGUCAAGGAGGGCUAGGAGGGACCUGGUUCCUGCUGAUGAACCUAAUGACACCCCGAGCCCAGAGGGAGCAGACGCUUUAGACCUACCCACCUGCCUGCUGUGUGUGUGCCUGACUGGCUCAGUGUACUGUGAGGAGGUCAGUCCAGACAUGACCAGUGUUCCCACGCUGCCUAAAGAGACGGCCUACCUGUAUGCCCGCUUCAACAAGAUUAAAAAGAUCAGCACCAAAGACUUUGCUGAGAUUGUGACUCUGAAGAGGAUCGACUUGACAGGGAACCUGAUCUCAGAGAUUGAAGAUGGAGCGUUCUCUAAGCUAACCCUGCUGGAGGAAUUGUCUCUGGCUGAGAACAGGCUGGUCAAACUUCCUAUGCUUCCUGCCAAACUCACAUCCUUCAACGCCAACAACAACUUCCUCAAAACCAAGGGUGUCAAAGCCAAUGCUUUCAAGAAACUAACCAAGCUAGGCAACCUGUUCCUGGCCAAUAACCAGCUGGAAGCUGUUCCACACAUCCCAGAGAGUGUUCGGAUCUUACAUCUACAGAACAACAACAUCACUGAUGUCAACAAAGACACCUUCUGCAGGUCUAACGACACCUACUACCUACGACUAAGCCUCAAUGAGGUCCGUCUGGAGGGCAACCCCGUGGUGUUGUCCAAGUACCCUGACAGCUUCACCUGUAUGAAGGUACUGCCUAGCGGACGGUACCGCUGAGGAGGCAGAAACUUUACUGUAGCCCCUUGUUGCUGACAGAGCAGUUUUCCCACAACACAGUGCUGGGGGAUACCGUGAUGCUCUGGAUUCUGGGGCACUGGUCCCCUGGUGUCAAAGUUUUUACUUCAGCAAACCUACAAACAGCUUGUGACACUGUCAGGUCAAAAUGAAACCAUUCACAGGACUGAAGGUGUAGAAUUGAAAGAGUUUCUCUUCUCUGGCUUUCAUCAGUACUAGUUUAUCUGUCUGUAGUACUUUGUCAGUACUACUGUGGAGUAUCAGGCAUUUGUCUGUAAGAAGCUGCAUAUGAGAGUUGUUGAGAGUCACAGACACAUGAAUUGGUGCAAACCCACCUGAGAAGGUGUGUGAAGUCUUCAAUAUGCUUCAAACUAACUGUUUGACCAUGUGUUGAAUCCGCAUUUCUACUAGUCUCUCUGAACGCACUUUCAGAGAGACUGGAAAAAAGUCAUUGAAGAGUUCAGAAAAAGAAGAACAAGAAGAAAACCCAGCCUACUCUCACACCUAUAUAAACCUGGCCAAUCGCUACUUAAAGUGGACAUGUUUGUCAGUUUGUCUGUUUGGACAACAUAUAAAAGCAGUCUUACACAGUUUUUGAUUCUGCCAUUGUAAAGGGGGCUUCAGAUGCUGUUCUAAAUUUUACAAAACACUUGGUUUGAAGCAUACUGAGGCAUUCACAGUAGGACUCUACAUCGGCCUCUAGCUCUAAGACAGCCUAAACGAUUUAGGCCACCUGUUCAGUAAACACCACAGGUGAGGUGCCUUCUGAAUGUCUUUCGCACAGGUGAUGUAAUUACCAGUAGAGCUGAUAUAACCCUGAUAUGAAUGACUCCACAGCCACAGUCCAAUUUAUUGUCUCAUUUUGACCUGACGCUGUACUACCUGGAUGAAUGAAACUACACAAAACGCUGGUGACACUGAACCAACACGCCUGCAGCCACAAGCCAGCAGGCUUGCCUAUGACUACCUGUGCCGAUUAAUCUAAAAUACAACAGGCCAAUGUUUUCACACUCUUUGUGAAAUGGAUUUCAAAACAGGAGUGUUUCGUUGCUAGUAAAUAUAAGUUGUAAAGAAAAAAAUCCAAAUUUAAGAUAUUACUGCAACCCUCUAAAUAUCGUUGCUGCUUUUACUGACCUUAACAAGCAUCUUAUAUAGUGUGAAAUCUUAAUUCAACAUGACCCCCAUGUUUUCACCUUGCUUAUUGUGGGUCUUUAGGACAGACAUCACUGCAAGAACAAUACAUGCCUGAGGCAGAGAGAGAGUUAGACUACCACACCCUACAAAAGUAAAAGCUUCAACAGAAGUUUUGUCUGACAUACCAUCACAACUGAAUAAAAAUCUUAGAAUUAUAUCAAGAGACAGCAUUUCUAGAUGUUUCUGGGUAAACAUCAAUUGAAAGUAAAUAUUCUUUUGCAAUAUUUUUCUUUUUCUGUUCUGAGACAUGAUGCUACCGUGUCUUCCAAACCGGACUGAAGUCAGUUUAGUCACACAAAAGGAAUACUUGAUACCUGCAUGCUGAUUUUUAGUCGUCUUUUCUUCAACUGAACCUUGUGUCGUGGCAGUGGAAAAAGUUUCUGAAAUGGCACUUAAAGAAAAAUAGCCUGUGAGCAUUGUUAACAUUUGUCGUUACAUUAAUUUUAUGUUGUUAUGAGAUUUCAUUCUUGUCAGACUAUUGAUCCCAGCUGACUCAGACAGCUGAUAAACAUUAAACUGUCUUGAACUGCCAGCAGGAAUAGUCUGUAAAUACUUUUCUCAUUAAGCGCUGUCUCAGAACAAAUAGUAGAAAUAAACACAACACUCUGGGCUUUGCUCUGCCAUUGCGUGAAUGAAUUUCAUUUUCAAUUAUUCCAUUACUAAUGCUUCUCAAUAAGGGCAAUGGCCAUGUAGACUUGUCCAGCUGCAGGCUUUCUUAAGUAUUUGGUGACUUAACUUCACUUUGUUCUUUUUAAUUUAUAGACUCCAGCUGAAGUGACCUGGGGAGCAAUGUAUCUAUGAACUAUAGUAAUGUGAAAAUUACUCCUCUCUCUUUUGUCUUCUUAAAAAAUGUCUCGCUUGUGUCCCAAACUCUUCCCUUCCAGUAAUAAAAAAUUACUUUAGAAAUUAUUACUGAUGUGAAUAAGAUAGUGGUGUACAGGAAGAUGUGUAUGUGACAUGGCUAUGUUUUUAAGAUAUUUUAAUAAAGUUAAACUUUUUUUUU